GACGACAGCGCUGUUACGUCGUUUACGCGCGGACACGACAUUUUGUUGUUAGCUAGUUGGGAAAGCAGCUAGUACAUAUUUUCGUGCAGCUAAACCGUCAACAUGUCUUUAUAUUGAUUAAUGUAGCUAUAUUAUACAUCAUAUAAUUGAAAUAGCAGCUAAACGACGUGCAACAGAUAAUACUGAGCCUUCGAACGUGGAAAAUGGAAUUACUUCCUGUGCUGGAUCCAGAGGAUAAACCACGAGCAGGACUGUGGUAUGCUAUGAUACCCAGAGGAGGUGGUCCAGGAGUUAGUGUGGGCCACACCUGUAUAUACAUCCCCUCUGAGGAUGAUGGCAAAGGGAAAGUCCUGAUCAUAGGAGGAGCCAACCCUAAUGGCAGCUUUUCAGAAUCCCAUGUCAUAAACCUGGACAGUCACGAGUGGGACAUUCCUGAAUGGGAGGGUCUGGAGGCACGGUAUGAACACUGCAGCUUUGUCCCUGAGAGCUGUCCACAGAGCCCGUGGGUGUUCGCUGGGGCACAGCAGAGUGGCAACCGCAACUGUGUCCAGAACCUACAACUCACCGACGGUGGGUUGUGGAAGGGUGUAGAGGUGAAAGGGACGCCCCCCUGUCCCAGGACGUAUCACACUAACUCAGCCAGCGUCGGGGACCGACUGUUUGUCUUCUCUGGAGGGGACUCAGGGGCCACACCUGUCUCGGACCCCAACCUUCAUGUCUUCGACACAGUUUCCUGCACCUGGUCUCAGCCAGACACACAGGGCAGACAUCCCCCUGCAAGACACGGCCACGUGGUGACAGCGGUAGGACCCAAAAUCUAUAUCCAUGGAGGCAUGGCAGGAGAGAAGUUCUACAGCGACAUCUACUCUCUAGACACCAGCAGUAUGAAGUGGGAGAAGGUCCAAGCCAAAGGAGACAUCCCCCCGGGGGUGGCUGCCCACUCGGCUGUGGCCCUCGGAAAGAACAUCUACAUCUUUGGAGGGAUGACCCCAGAAGGGGCCAGCAAUGCAAUGUACAGAUUUCAGUGUGACAAACAGCGCUGGACCCUGUUGAGGUUUGAAGGGAACAUGCCACCCAACAGACUGGACCACUCCAUGUGUGUCCUACCCUGGAGAGUAAGGCCUGAGCACACUAGUGGAGAGAGAGACCAGGCCCAGAGCUCCUCAGCGUCAGGGACCGUACAGCUGGCAUUUGUGUUUGGAGGGAUGGACACUCAGGGGGUCAUACACAGUGACUGUGUUGUAACUGUCUUAACAUGACCUUGAUAGCUACUGCUCUGGGAAAUACUGUGUAUGUUUAACUAUUGGUCAAUAAUUGUUGCAGUUCAUUUUAGCACCACCUUUUUCAAAUAAAUCCAACCAUUGUCAUAAGCUGAUCAUGGAUCAAUUUUG